AUGGAGAGCCGACAAACAUUCAGCGAGGCUGCCCCGCCGCCGGAGGAGGUAGCUGGGUGGACUGGCCAGCAAAACAUGAAGUUGUCCCUUCCUUCUGUAUUUCCACCACCAGCGGGUACUCGCCUUUCUUCUUCUCGCCCCGACAAUCGUAGACAGGAGCGCUUUUCGUCGACCGCUCCUUCCGUCUCGGGCUCUCCCCCGUUCAACUUGCCCUGGUGUGGUCGUCCACCCGACGUGCUCCCGAGUCGUCACACUUCGUCCCCUUCCGCACCGUCGCCGUGGCGGAACCUUUCGGGUUCUGGCUGUGGGUCGCCGGCGUCUCCGUGCUCACCUUCGGAUGUCUCGUCUUGCAACGUACAAACGUGCUGCCUGCCGCUCAAUGUGACCUGGAUCCAGCGGCUGCCCAAUGCGGCGUCUCCGCCUGUUCAACACUUUGGGUCACCGGAACACCCGCCGGAGCCGCCGUGGUGGUACGGGGGCGAACAUGGACAAAACGGAGACGGAAGCGACGAGGCUUUGCGAUCUCUCCAACUCGGCCUGCAAGCGGAGACCUCGAGUGUUUUAUGGCGUCACCAUCUGGUGCAUGCGAUGUGCCGGGGACUAGAAACCUCCAUGGGAGACAGCUACAGCUCUCCCGCAGCGAUGUCGAUUCCCCUCCCUGGCCGUGCCGACGGUGUGCGGAGAGAUGAAAGACAGGACGCGUCUGCCUUUCUAUCUUCGUCUCGAGUUGGCUUUCCCCCACGCGAGACGCGGAGGACGAGGGCCCAGGCAAACUUCCCUCACCACGACCGUUUGCCUUCUUCCUCCCCUCUGCCUCCUGUCUUGCCUACUCCUGGCGCUUGCCGCCGCUCUCCCUCCGGUUCCCCCAUGUUCUCCGCACACCCGCAUAGCGAGGCGAACGGAUCGUGUCAGCCCACGCUUGAUGCCGGCUAUUCAUCUGCGCAUGCAGCGCGUCGUCGAAGCAGGGGGACUCAUGGUUCUUCCGCGGAUACAGUGCCGACAUGGCAUACUGCCGCUACCCGUCCUCAUUCCUUGUCCCCGUCGGACUCUCCGUUUCCUCCGGGGACGCGGUGUCUUCCUGCCGUGCCUAGGCCUCUGCCGCCUGGACCCUACGCAGCAGCCGUCGGCAUCACGACACAGAGCUUUCGGCGAGGCAGCGAGGCAGCCGGUUCUCUCCGUCAAGUCAGUGCCUCUAUUCCCCUGUCGCCACCUCUGUCGGAGAUCCCGCUUCCUGCCUAUGCACCCUCUGUGGGUUUCUCCGCUGCUCAGUUGCCGCCAGUGGAGCAGCGACAAGUGUCUUGCGCAGGCCGGCGAGGGCGGGGCGAGGAAUCGGUUGCGCGCGUGGGCGACUCCGCCUCUCUUUCUCUCCCGAGGAAAACCGAGGGAGACGGAGAGGUCGAUGGUGGCCUUUCCUUCUACACGACGAGGACGCCCACGACUCGCGAAGGCGGGAAAUCCUCUCAGCCGACGAGUCAGGACAGCAACGCGUCUCUCGACGCGGCAGGAGACAGAGAGGGUGAGGCAGGGACGGACCACGACGGUGAGCAGAAAGGAGGGAGAGAGGACGACAAAGCGCGAGACGAAAGCGAGGGGCAGCCCAGGCGCGAGUUGCUGUGGCUGGACGGAGACACUGUACGCUGGUUUAACGAAGAGCUCGCCCGGAAGCUGCGGGACUAUCGAGCGAAGCAGCUGCAUGCAGCUGCGAAAAGGAUACAGGAAGCGUGGAGGAAUUCGGCGCGGAGACAGCGAGAGAGAGAAGAGGAGCUGGCUCGCCUCUUCGCUCAACUGCGGAGAGUGGAACGGGCGGGAAAAGGCACAGCGGAUUCCAGAGGUCAGAGGACACAGGAAGCGGAGAGAGACAGGAAGAGGAGCGGGAGGGGAAGGGGGAGAGGGAAGACGCGGGAAAGAAGAGAGAAAGAGAGCGGCCAGGAAGGAGAAGAACGGUCGCGAAAAACCAAGAGAGAAAAAGGCGAAAAAGGGGAAAAACGACGGCGGAUAAAGUCUCCCGCGCGUGCAGCUCAAACUAUCCAGGCCGCAUUCCGGGGCUUUCGUGUUCGACGAACCAUGGCGCGUGUCGCGGAAGAAGGGAGAAGACGAAUGCGGGGGCUGACUGGAGGCGAGACGCGCGAUCUUCCUCCCUUUUCACUGUCUCAGGUCGAACGCCUCGACGAACUUACGCAGACGCUUCUCCCUCUGGAGCUCAAAGUCCUAGCAGAAGCUUCUUUCGGACGCCCGGCAAGAAGCGGGACUUGCGCUAGCACGAGGCGCGGGGGAGGGGACGACCGGCGAGAGGGAGACCGAGGAGAAGGAGAAGACCUCGCGCGAAGAAGGCCCACGAGACAUUCGGCAAGAGAGAGGCGAAGGGAAUUGCGAGCACAGGCGAUCCUCGCCACGGAAGUCUCCACAUUGAUUGCACGAGCUCUCGAGCUGAGAAGACAUGCCGAGGAAGAGCGUUCCUCAAGUCCACAGUCAGUGGUCCCACCUGGACGUCAGGAACGGGCUAGACAGAAAGCAGCGAGGACGGUACACUCGCGUAGGCAACUCGAGGAAGGAAACGACAGUUCCUCUCUUCCUUCUUCCUCCUCGUCGUCGCCUGUCGCUUCGCCAUGCUGGUCCUUGUCUCUGUCCAGCGACAGCGAGCGAGAGGAGGCCCGCGAGAAGCACGAGCGGAGAGACGGGCACGAAGCACCGGGGAAGGAUACGACGAAGCGGAAGAAAGAUGGAACAACGGAGAUUCACAGAAGGAAGGGACAGGACGGGAGAGAGCGAGAGAAGAGCGCGAAGGGGAGAGAGAAUCGGGGCCUUGUCGAUCUUGUGGUUGCAGCCAGAGCCAAGAGACAAAAGGAGAAGAAGGCAUGGGGGGCGCAGGAAGACGAGAAAGCCACCGAAGGCGCCAAGAAGCGAUCGAACAGGAGAGGAACGCGAGACACCCUCGAGCCUCACGAGAAGCUGAAACGAAACAGCCAUUCCCGCGACGGUGGCAGAGGCUUUGCCGAUUGCCGGAGAACAGGCCGUGCAGCGGGCGAAGGGCCAGAAGCGGCGGACAGACUGGCGAAACACAGAAGGCGAGGAGAUCGGGCCUGCGAGCGGCGGGGACGCUGGGGACAGUGUGGGGUUCCGGAGUCCCCGCCAGACUGGAUGUAUCCGCCUCUUUCCGGGGCGGUGAUGCCCAUCGAGCGGCUCUGUCCACCUGCAAGGUGGACUCCGGCACUCAGUCCCGCGUAUGCUGAUCCUUCCCAAAUGGCCUUUCCUUCGUACGUGCCCCGGUCCCCUUACGUCGGGCCUAUGCACAUCUGCGCAAACAGGCAGACACACCAAGUCUCUGUGUCUAUGACGUCUUCUUCUGUCUCUUCGUCUUCGUCCUUCUCGUCGACCUCUUCCAGUUCGUUCCUGUCGUUCGUUGCUUCCCAGUCAAAAUCCGGAGCAAACGAGAGAACGAGAGAGGAGGAUAUCGAGGAGCUUGACGAGUCGCCGGAAGGCCCAGAGACCCACGGGGCGCCUGCAGAGGCUGCCACAAUUCUUGCAGCUGCCGCCGCCGUUCGCCACCUUGGUCCUUUCGCCAGCGCGAAUUUCUCCGACUCCGCGCCGUCCAAAGACUCACGACAAUCCUCCGCUUCGCGUGUGUCUCUCGCUGCUCAACACACUGCUCCUCGUGGGCUGCCGCAAUCUCCUCUUCACGAAGCGCAGGUGGAGGCUGACCGGGGGGCUGGGGAAGUUCCCGGGACAGCAGACGAAGCUGAGAGGACUGCGGGUGCGAGCACGCAGCGAACGAGAUUGGAACCUCGAGAGAAAGAGCGAGAAGAGGCAGAAACGAGGGUGAAGCAACUGCGAAAACAUCUAGGUCAGGAACUGGCAAGAAGAGAAGAAGACGCUCGACGGCGAAGUCUCGUCCGUCUCUCCGCUUCUCCACUGCGACUCUCGCGUAAAAGCUCCUUCGUCUCUCUUUCGCCUAGUCGGUACGUGUCGCCGGAGGACGACGACGAGAAAAGAACCGCGGAAUCCGACGGCCAAACAGGACAUUCAGAGAGAAUGGGGGGAGAGGAAGGACUCAGGAAAGAAUUGGAUCGAAAGACUGAAGAGGACGGAACGGCACCGGUGCCGUCGGCGUCUCCUUUCUCGGGUGUGCAAGCAGAGGCGCGCGAAAGAGAAGAGCGGAGAGAGCGAGACAGAAUCCUGGCGGAAGAGAAAGUUAAGGUCGUGACGGGCCAGUCUCAGUUGACGUUAGGAGAGCGAGAAGAAGAGAGGCGAAGAUCCGUUCUCGAAGACCGUAGACGAAGGAUACUCUUGUCGGCAUCUGUUUCGCCUCGGAGCGAUGCCGGCCUUUUUCAGAUUCGAGUCACCAAAGCAUCUUCUGUGGAUGGUGAAUGUGGGAAGCGCCUGGCGCCUGGAUCUGCGCAUUCUCCCUCUUCUGCUUCUUUCGUUCCUCCAUCUUCUCAUUCGCUGUCGUCUUUCCCUCAAUCGCCUCUACGUUCGCGUCGUCUCUCUGGCUCUUCUCGGACAGCCGCCCUUCACGACGCUCACGCAUCGCGGAGGACACAAGACGCAAGCUCGAGAAUAGAUGGCGAGAAGGGAGAUCCGCAGAGAGGAGACGUAUCGGCAGCUCCUGGAGCACUGUCUUCUUCGUCGGCAGGGGAAGCUGAGGAGGGAGAAGAACGCACUGUCGCUUCACGGCUUGAGCCAGGUACUCGCCCGCUGCUUGCUGACGUACCAGGUGCUGACUCCGAGGACGCGGAGAAGGCGAACUCUAUUUCAAGUCGAGGAAGACAACCGCCGUUGCAUGCACCGACUCUAAGGCUACCUCUGCCCCCGCCUUUCCUCGUGCGGCCUCGGCGAAGCAGCUCUGCAGGGACUCCCGAGGGUCUGUCGGCGUCGCCUCGUCGGGCCGCGCGUUUGGGCGUUCAGGAGCAAGACCCCACAGAAACGCGAGGAGACUACAGAGACAGAGACGAGGACGCGGGGAAAGAAAUGGACGGAGAGAAGACGGAAAAGGGCCAGAACGAGUCCGACAAGAAGCUCUUCUUCACGCCGUCUCCCAGUCCUGAGCGGUUCACGCCUCCUUCCUCGCCCGCCGUUCCAGUUCGUUCUCCAGUGCAUGCAGGGGAGUCGUCCUCACUGUUGCUUGCGCCCUCGGCGUGUUCGGCCUCAUCUUCAUUCUCCCCUUCUGUCUCCUUGUCGCUGCUCGCGCAGCACGACCAAGUUCCUGGAACUGCGGCAGGGGGCGAGGAAGCAACGGACCAAGGCGAAAACGAAACCGACACCACGCAGCAGCAAGGUUUUGCGCCCGCUUCUGUGGCAGGAAGGAGCGUGCAUGCGUCCUCGUUCGCCAUCUAUCCUGUGUCUCCUCUCUCGUCGCCCCGACCUCUGUCAUCUCACGCAGUUAAGGGCCUUCGAGCAAAGACGAGAGGAUCGCCUCCGUGUACGGAGGCCCCAGCAGCAGGAGAAGCAACAGCCGAAAUAGAGAAAGCGGCGAAUGGAGACGGCGUGCCUGGCCCACCAGAAGAACCUGAGGAAAAGGAAGCCGGAGAGGAGUCGCCUGCCUCGACUUUCGCGCCGUUUCAGAAGAACGAAGAGACUGCGGCGUCGAGUGGGAGACAGAAGAAGGACUUGAAGAAGCGAGGAAGUAAACAAGCCGGAAAGCCGGGAGCCGUAGGUGACUCUGUCUUUCGGCCAGAGGGAGAACCCGAUACCACUCGUGCGUUCUCUGCUUCUUCGUUUUCCCCUUCUUUCUUGCCAUUCACGUCUGGCGAGCCGCGGCCCUCAUCCCCUGGUGCUUCGCCGCCCCGUCUUGCAUCCGCGCCAGUGCCUCCGCCUUCCGACCCCGCCCCCGGACCGUCUCCGCUUUCCCCUGUACCUUCGUCUGGCCCAAACGAAGCGGCGGUAGAAAACAAAGGAACGCCGACGAGAGAGAAAAGGGGUAUGGCGAGGCCUGCGUCUCCCCGUGUGUCUCCACUCGUGUCUCCUCGUCCUCUAUUCUCUCUCCGCGAAGUCCGGGCCAAAACGCGUGCGCCUCUCACACUUUCAGCAGACGAACCUGGGCAGCAAGGAGAGAAGAGGGAAGGAGAAUACGAGACGCGAGCAGCGGGUGCACAAAUCGAAGGAAAGCAGGCAGGAACAGAGAACGGGAAAAAAGACGGUGAAGAGGUGGACGGGCCCGACAGAGCCGGCGCGUGGAGAAAGAAGCACGAGGAGGAUGAACUGGGAAGAAAGAACGAAGACGGGACGACACAGAGAGACUCCGAAGAAAAACGACGGCCUGAGGAAGGCGAAGUUCCGAAGCAGGAAACGACGGAGGCGAGAAAGCAGGCAGUGCCAGGGGCGGGAGGGGGAGCGGAGGAAACUCUUGGAAAGAGCGAGGCAGGGGAGCCAGUGGAGACAGCUGAAGGCAGACGCGGGCGGGGAGAAGAGAGCCCAAAGACGGUCGACCGGGUGCAGGCGCCGAUAGAAGCCGCAGAGAGGAUUCGGACGGCGACAGAAGAUGAAAGGAAGAAGAAGGAAGAAGAUGAGAAAGUGAAAAACGCGCAGCAAGAGGGAAGGCGGACGAAGGAGGAAGCGGAACAGAGGGCGGUGGAGGAACUCAGAAUCAAGGAAGAGGAGGAAAUGCGGAAGAAGGAAGAGGAGGAAAAGCGGAGGAAGAACGAGGAGGACAGGAAGAAGAAGGAAGAAGAGGCAAGACUGAAAAAGGCGCAGGAGGAGGAGAGGAAGAAGACGGAGGAGGCGGAGAGGAGGAAGAAGGAAGAGGAGGGCAGGAAGAAGAAGACAGAGGAGGAAAGGCGGAAGAAGGAAGAGGAGGAAAAGCGGAGGAAGAACGAGGAGGACAGGAAGAAGAAGGAAGAAGAGGCAAGACUGAAAAAGGCGCAGGAGGAGGAGAGGAAGAAGACGGAGGAGGCGGAGAGGAGGAAGAAGGAAGAGGAGGAAAGGCGGAAGAAGGAAGAGAAGGAGAUGCGGACGAAGGAAGAGGAGGAAAAGCGGAGGAAGAACGAGGAGGACAGGAAGAAGAAGGAAGAAGAGGCAAGACUGAAAAAGGCGCAGGAGGAGGAGAGGAAGAAGACGGAGGAGGCGGAGAGGAGGAAGAAGGAAGAGGAGGAAAGGCGGAAGAAGGAAGAGAAGGAGAUGCGGACGAAGGAAGAGGAGGAAAAGCGGAGGAAGAACGAGGAGGACAGGAAGAAGAAGGAAGAAGAGGCAAGACUGAAAAAGGCGCAGGAGGAGGAGAGGAAGAAGACGGAGGAGGCGGAGAGGAGGAAGAAGGAAGAGGAGGAAAGGCGGAAGAAGGAAGAGAAGGAGAUGCGGACGAAGGAAGAGGAGGAAAAGCGGAGGAAGAACGAGGAGGACAGGAAGAAGCAGGAAGAAGAGGCAAGACUGAAAAAGGCGCAGGAGGAGGAGAGGAGGAAGAAGGCAGAGGAAGAAAGGGGGAGGAAGAACGAGGAGGACAGGAAGAAGAAGGAAGAAGAAGCAACACUGAAAAAGGAGCAGGAAGAGGAAAGGAAGAAGACGGAGGAGGAGGAAAGGCGGAAGAAGGAAGAGGAGGGCAGGAAGAAGAAGACAGAGGAGGAAAGGCGGAAGAAGGAGCAGGAAGAGGAAAGGAAGAAGGCUGAGGAGGAAAGGCGGAAGAAGGAAGAAGAGGAAGGAGCGACAAAAACCCAGGAAGAGGCAAGACUGAAAAAGGCGCAGGAGGCGGAUAGAACGAAGAAGGAAGGUGAGGAAGGUACGAGGAAGAAAGGAGGGAAACAGAGAGGACAUGAGGAAAAACAGAGGGAGGACGAGCAGAGGGAGAAGGGAGGCGGUAGAGGCAGGAUGCAACAGCAGCCCGGCGGUGAAACGGGAAACGAAGUGGAGAAGAUGGAUGAUGGAGAGAGGAGAAAGGAGGCAAGAAAAGAAGAGAGCAACCAAAAAAAGAACGAAGAAGAGGAUGAGCGGAGAAAUGGAGAGCAGAGAGAUGAAAGAGAUACGGAAGGCGAACUGAUCAGAGGAGUGGAAGAGCCCCACGCCAAAGAAGAACGGAGUCGCCGAGGAGCAUUCGAUCGUCAGGAAGUGCGGGCCAAACUCCGGAUUUUACAGAAGGCGCAAGAACAGCAGGACAUUCUUCAGCGCCAACAAGAAAGAAGCGCCAGCCUUCUUCAUCGUCGCGUGGCUGCUUUGAGAAUUCAGAGAGCGUGGCGUAGGCACCGAAAGCGGGUGUUCCGUAAGAAGACGCAGGAGAAGAAGGCGUUGAGUGCGCAUGCCUUGAGAGAACAGGAACAAAAGAGAGAAGAAGAUGCCAGGAGGGAGAGAGAGAGGCGACACGAGGAGCUUCGCCGGCGGUUGCUGAUGGCUGAAGCGCGGCGGAGAGAAGAAGAGGCGGCCGUAGAGAGAAAAGUGAGAGACGACGAGAGGCGCAGGGGGCAAGGCAGCGAGGAUGAGACGGACAUCGACAAAGACGAACAGAGACGCCGAAAGCUCCAGGAUGAGCAAGAGCGAGCUCACUGGGGGGAAGGGGAGAGACGCAGAGGAAGCGCGGAAGAUGAAGCCUGUGAACUGAAGACACAAAGUGGACGAAGAGCGGCUCCGCCUUGUUUGGAUGGCCGUUCCCCCGUUGGUCGGCCGCGUCAACGCGAGAACGGCAGCGGCGAACAGCAUCCUUCUCUUUUCAGUCGUUACACUUUGUACGACGAAGAGGGGGGAGACUUUUUCUCUGCUCGAAGCAAAGCAGAGACGCUCGAAGAAGAAGCACGAAGGGCAGGGGUUCGGAUGUUUGAGCCGAUCGUGCAGGAGCCUGGAGGCGCAGUGCGGCGGUCCAUGACGCUCUACGACCGUUCCAAAGGCAAGAAUGAAAUUCGAAAAGGCAUGCGGGAGGAGAGAGGAGCAGCGGAGUCAAAGAGCGAACCGAGAGAAGAGCAUCGAUCUUCUCUCAGAGUCGACCAGGAUCACGGAAAAAGGUCGCCACCUGACGACGCUGCCGGCGCCCUUACUCACGGUUCUACGAUGAGUUUGGCGAGGGAGCGAGGCUCGUUGACGAGCGAAGCAGGAGGGCCAGCGAGCGGGGAGAGAGUGCAGAAGAUCACAGAAAAACCGCGAGAAGAAAGGGUUUCCACGGCGAGAGAAUCCAGCGACGAUCUGCCUCGUAUCGUCCUUCAUAUGCCGAGCCGCCGCCUGAGCUCUUCGUCUUCCGAAGAUUUGUCGAGUGAUAACGAAGCGACCGAGAAUAUGAGCGACGACGAAGAAGGCACAGAGGGAUGGAGCAGAUUUUCACCACGGCCGCGGGCAGCGGAAGAGGACGAUGUACGUCGGCGUAUAAGACGAAUGCUUCGUGAGGCGUUAGACGAGAAGAUGCGAAAGAGCGCUGAGAUGGGUGUUCUGGACGGAGAGGAUAUCGCCGUUACCGCGAGUCACGUUAGGAGGCUCUCUAAUCUACCUGGCGCCGCAUUCCAGAAGCGGAAAGGAGACAAUCUCCCUUCGUCUUUUCGACGUUCCGCCACACUCUGUGACCCCGAAAGCGUGUCCGGUAGAGAAUGUCCCUUUGAGCCCGCAAGCGCGUCGCGUGUGGGAUCCGAGAGCCGUUGUUUAGAGGACAGAGGCAGCCAGGAAAAGCGCGAACGAAACGAUGGAGGCGGGAUGCAUAGGUCUCCGAGUCCCACCUCGGCUCGGUCCCCCAGAAGAUCCAGUGCAGCAGACAGUUUGGCUAGACAUACCUAUUUCUUUCAACAGCGGAGUCAGGCAGUUGAAGGACCGGAAGAAGUAGCAGAACGGAAGGCGAUUAGUCAACAGGCGGCUUCCACCUUAAGAGACUCAGCCAAUGGGAGACUCGGGUUUUCGCCAGCAACUUCCUCUUCAAGAGAGGAAACAGAUCCUACGUCUUGUGCCGCUUCCGUCUCGUCUGCGCGCUGUAACAGAGGCCCUGUCGCACCAGGAGGUCCAGCCUCGUCACAUACGACCUUCCACAAAACGGGAAUUAAAAACAAAAAGUCCUGGCUUGCGCCCCCUUCGGACAGCCUUUCCGAAGAGGAGCCUGAGGAAACGGCACCACCGUUUGUCUCCCAAGCAAAUCGAGAACGAGCUGUGGGAUCAUCUUCGGCAUCAUACGCAUCAAAGGGUCCGACGUCGUCAAAGGGAUCCGAACUUAUGAAGCAGGCUGCAUUGCAACGUGAGAGUCCAACGACACAUGCAGUCGCUCGAUCAAUCACUCCGGUUCACAGCCAGGAAGAAAAACGUGACGACAGAUUCUCUCCUGAGAAGCCCUCUCGCGUAGUCUUGAAGGACAACAAGCUCAGAAGUGACUCAGUAUCUAAAGCCGUGCAGAUCUCCGAGGCCGCGGAGAUGUGCUCGAAACACGUCGCCAAAACUGCCCCUCUUAUUCCCGGAUACGGAGCGCGUGGCAGGACCGACAGAGUUGAAGAGCCAUCGUCCGUCUCGGCAGCAGGAGGGCGAGAACGAAGUGAAGCUGUCAGGGGGCCACCAGUCGGCCAGCGCCUUGCUGAGAGCUUUAGCACUUCGAUCCCGGUGGCUGCCGAUAGCGACAGCAAGCAGCUGCCGACACUUAUUCAACCUGUGCAGCCUACAGCAACGCACACUGUAGGACCGCCUUGCUCCUCUUCCGUCCAACAGAGGGUGCGGCAAAAGACGCUUGAUGAAGACGCGCCGUGCGGACACGCCGAUGUGAACUCGAAGCCUCCCUCGACAAGGCACUCUCCAGAGCCUCACGUAGUGUAUGGCGGCCCGUUGUCUGGAGGGAGAGCGGUGUUUACAGAAGCAAGGAGCGAAGAAAAGGCGGAACUCAGUGAAGAGAAGCGAACAGAUUCCCCGGGGGUAGAAACCUCAAGAAAAGAACCGUGUCCCCCGAGCCCAGGCUCGCAAGACCCGAUCAUGACUCUGGGCGAAGGUGUUCGUGGGGACCACGAUGGUGAAGGCAACUGCCUGUGUGAACAGCCGGAAUGCCCCUAUCAAGCAAGUGUGCUUGCAGCACGCGUUGAAAAACCUCGCAACGUGGCGCCUGUAGAGAAACCGCAACGACGUCGGCCAUCAGCGGAGACGCCUUUCGGUCCUAAUGCUGUGCCGCAGUUGUCGCCUCGGGGCGAUGGGAGACUGGAAGGAUCGCCGAGACGGCUGUCAGACCCUCGCGUCCCCGCUUUGUUACUGCCGGAUGAUUUUUUGCUUGGCGCUACCGGGCAUCGCCGCAGCGAUUGGGCAGUUGUCAGACGACAGACGUGA